AUGGGCCGCUAUAUUUCGCAGCUGGACGUUGAGACUGUCCUCACGACCCUGACGAUCGACGAGAAAAUUACACUGCUUGCGGGCAAGAGCUUCUCCGAAUCAGCAGACAUUCCCUUAAAAUGCAUCUCGUCCAUCAAAUCCGUCGAUGGGCCCAAUGGCGUCCGUUCAGCGGCCACGGAUGAGUUGAUACGCUCGGCCUGCUUCCCAGCUGGCUGCUCUCUCGCUGCGACCUUCGACCCCCUCAUCGCGCGCCGGACUGGUCGCGCCCUCGCCGCUGAAGCCAGAGGCAAGCGUGCUCAUGUCCUGCUCGGCCCGACAGUCUGCAUCCACCGCCAUCCACUUGGCGGCCGCAACUUCGAGUCCUUCAGCGAGGACCCCUUUCUCGCUGGAAAAAUGGCGUCACAGUACAUUCUCGGCCUGCAGGAGCGCGGUGUUGGCGCCACCAUCAAGCAUUUUGUCGCCAACGAACAGGAGACCAAGAGGACCACUGUCGACGAGACCAUCAGCGAGCGCACGCUCAGGGAGAUCUACCUCAAACCCUUCGAGAUUGCCGUCAGGGAAGCAAAGCCCUGGGCCGUCAUGACUGCGUAUAAUCACGUCAACGGACAGCACUGUGAUAAUCACGAGUGGCUGCUGAAAACGGUGCUGCGCGGCGAGUGGGGAUGGAAAGGGCUUGUCAUGAGUGACUGGGGCGGCACAAACUCCGUGGCUGCGGCGCUUAAUGCUGGCCUAGACCUUGAAAUGCCUGGACCGCCGAGGAUACGAAAACUGCAAGCCGUGAAGGAUGCAGUGGCGAAGGGGGCAGACGAGUCAGACCCUCAAGAGCUGGGCGUGUCGACAGACAAGCCCAAGAUGAGAUCAACCAUACGAGAGUCUGGUGCUAGAGGGAUGGUGCUUCUGAAGAACGAUGGCGUUCUGCCUCUGAAAAAGGAGGAACUUAAGGGCAAGAGAGUCGCGCUCAUCGGCUUUGCCAAGGACGCCCUCGCGCACGGAGGUGGCAGCGCCGCUGUCAACGCCUACUACAAGGUGACGCCUUGGGACGGCUUGCGUGCCGCCCUCGGUGACGGUGUCGAGUUCUCUUUUGCGCAAGGAGCCCACCGCGAACGUCUCUUGGCACCGAUCAACAAGGACGGCAGCAGCGGCGCGGUUUCCGGCCUCGAUGGACAACCAGGCUUCACGCGUCUGCUGUUUGAAGACGGCAGGUCAGAACCCUCAAAGACGAGUCACGGCCAGACCCUGUCAGCGUAUUCGCCCCUCGGUUCCCAAGAGUCGCUGUGGCGGGCCCUAGAGAUCGUUGCCGACUUUACGCCCCUUGAGUCAGGUUCACACUACAUCGCCUGCUCUGGCCUGGGUCCGACACAGGUUUAUGUCGAUAACAAGCUCAUCUGGGAGCAGACGGGUAAUUCAAGCGACCCCAUGGGCUCCCUUUUCCUGGCAGCCCCCGAGCAAGAGUUCCGGCAUCAUUUCGAAGGCGGCAGGAAACAUCGACUCCGUAUCAGGAGUGACCCUCCUCGCAAGAUUGGCCUCGAGAUCCUCGAAGGCCGCAGCGGCGUCCGCGUCGGCUUCUCCCUCGAGUCAGUCCAUGACGCCGACCUCCAGGCCGAAGCUGUGAGAAUCGCUCAGGCAGCCGACCUGGCAGUUGUCUUCACGGGUCACGAUCCCCAGUGGGAAACUGAAGGCCGUGACCAAGAUUCCUUCAACUUGCCACGUGGGCAGAAUGAACUCAUCGCCGCUGUGACCGCGGCGAAUCGCAACACGGUCGUCGUCAACUCGACAGGCGUCGCCGUGGCCAUGCCUUGGCUAGACCAAGUGCGAGGACUCGUGCAAGCAUGGUUCCCAGGCCAGGAGUGUGGCAACUCGAUCGCCGACGUGCUCACUGGUGCUGUCAAUCCCGAGGGCCGUCUGCCUGUGACGUUCCCCCGGAAGAUCGAGGAUGCGCCGGCGCAUGGAAACUUCCCCGGCGAGUACGUCGAUGGGCAGCUGAAGGUGACAUACGAAGAAGGUGUUUUUGUGGGAUACCGCCACUUUGACCGCCUUACGAAGGACAAGGUCAAUUUCCCCUUUGGCCACGGUCUCUCGUAUACGAGUUUUGAGUAUGACGCGAUGGAAGUGGCCAAGACGCCGCAUGACAACGAUAGCUAUGCCGUCAGAGUUGGUGUCAAGAACAUUGGAAGGGUCGAGGGUGCCACGCUGGUGCAGGUCUACGCUGGCAGAGUGCAGGCUUCGACCGACACGCCCAUCAAGGCUCUGGCUGGAUUCCAGAAGGUGCGUCUUCAGCCUGGUGAGGUGAAGAGAACCGAGAUUUUUGUCUCAGUCAAGGACUUUGCGUCGUUUGAUGAGGCCUCGAAGCAAUGGGUGAUUCAAGGUGGUGAAUACGCCAUUUCGCUAGGCGAGACUGCAGCGGAUAUCCUGCAGACCACUGUUGUGCUACUAAAGGCAAAACAGUGGAAGCCAUGA